GAUCUGUAUGAUGUGUAGUCUCCAUGGACUACCUAUACAAACUUACAAACAUUUCUAUCACUCUAUUGUUUAUAAACACACGUCUGUUCAGCGUAAUAAAAAAUAUAAACUGCGUUUCCCGUGAUAAAGUGAAACUUAUCGUUAAUAUUAUUCAAUUAUUUACUUCAAACAGCAAAAUAAAAAUGUCAUUAGUGAAAUAUAUAUUAUAAGUGAUAUUCAGUUAAUUCAUCUAUAAUAAAUAGUAAAUAAUAGCCGCCAGUAAAAGGACUGAAAAUUUGUGGUGUAUUUAAAUGCGUAGCUAUAAUAACACUUAACUCUCACUGUAAUAUUAUUUAAUCAGACAAAAGUUAUGUUCAGUGUCUAUUUAUUGGAAUGAAGAUACACUGUCGACAAAUUUAAUCUCAAGAUAAAUGAAUAAUUUCAAUUGAGCUAAAUUACUUUUCGAUUAUUGUUUUUGAUGAAGAUUGAUCUAUUGUGAAUUCUACAGUAUUUUUAUUAUAGUUAAAUCUCAAGUGAUAGCAAAGUUACAAUUAAAUAUGAAGCGAGGUCGAUAUAAAUUACAUUUAACUCCGGAGAGUAAUGGCAUUAUACCUCGAUCCACUUUUUAUAGAAAAUUAAAACAAUACCGAUGUACUGUUACAAAUGAAGAUAAUCAAAUUCCUAAUCAAAAUAUUGUUGAUGAUAAUACAAAUGGAAAUGAUCAAUUGGCUUGCGAGGAAAUUUUCGGCGAUAACAACUCAAUGUCUAUAGAAACUGUGAGUGAAAAUAAUGCUUCUCUUACCUAUCAACAAAACUCACCCACAUAUUCGGUACCAAAUUCAUGGUUUUAUGAAGACUAUGAUGAUGAAUCUCAACAUCGAGAAACAUGGUUUGACGCGGAAGAUUCAACAGUAAAUGAUUUUUAUAUUGGUUGUGAUAGUGAGCAUAAUCAGCAAGAUGAUAAGGAAAAAGACACCGAUAAGGAAAAAGACACUGAUUACGAAUACAACAAGCAACUUUGUAAGUGUUCGACAAUCACACGGGGAGAAAGCUUUAAUGAUGACACUUGCAUUAGGAGCUGA